CUUGUUAUAGCAGAGUUUGCCUUGUGAUCAAAAGUACAGAGUCUGGCAGAGUUGCUCUGUUCUGUCUUUGAAAGCGGCGGCCAUGAUCAAGGAGGUGAAAGGCCAAGCCAAGGUCAGCCUAGGACUGGACGUGAUAUGGAAAUCCUUAACCAAGGAACUACAAUUCAUCAUCCCAAAAUUGAUGCCAGAGCAAGUGGAAGAAGGCCACGUCCUCGAAGGAGACGGUGGCCUUGGAACUGUCUUCCUCUUCAACUUCUCCCAAGGCAAUGAAGUUUCAGGCAUCAAAACGUUGAGAUACCAGAAGGAGAAGAUCGUCGAGCUCGACGAGACUCUGCAUCUGCUUGGACUCCAAGUUGUGGAAGGUGGUCACCUCGACCAUAGCUUUUCUUACUACAAAACCACCUUCCAGCUCACUGCAGCCCACGACGCUGCCACGGCCGAGACGAUCGUUGAUGUGACGGUAGCUUAUGAAUUUCAAGCCGAACCAGUUAAAGCAAGUCACACUCACAUGCCAUCCAUUACCAUGGCGCACUCUCUCAAAUUUGUCAAGUCCUUGGAAAGUUAUCUGCUUACCAAUUUGGUUGCUGCUGGCUCCUUAACUACUGGUUGA